CCAAAAAUCCUCUCAAUAGAUAACUCUUGAAGGAUUAAUCACACCCCCAAGAUUACUCACAAAUAGAACAAGAAGAGGAUUAUAAGUAAAAAUCUCUCAAAGAUCAAAAACUCAAGUUAAAGCUCAUGUAGGUAGGUAAAGAUAUUCAAUGCAAUGCUCUCUAAACCUCCUUCAGAUCUUCUACCAACCAUAUUUAUAACCCCAUGGUCGAAAAUAGCCAUUGGGGGUCAUUUAAUACUUUGCAGGAUACAAAACUCGAGUUGCAGGAUUGUCAGGACAGCCGGCUUAGCUUCCUAGAACCGGCUUUGUACAGCCAACUCACCAUUUCUACAUCCGGCUUUGCGAGAUUCUGCACAUUCUGUUUUCUCCGUAGAGCCAGCUGCAAAACGCAAAGCUUGCUUUGCAAGUUUGCUACACAUUCUGUUUUCUUCCACAACCGGUUGCAAAGCCUAGAGCCGGCUUUGGAAUUCGAACUUUAAAUACAUUAAAUAAUCUUCAAAUAACUCGACUGUUGUGCAUUAAAUGCACCCUUACAGCCAGCCGCAAAAUUGGAGCCGGCUUUGCGUCUUUUCUCCACACACGCUAAACAACGGUCUUCAAAUUUUUGCCCAUAGAGCUAGCUGUAGCUUCUAGAGCCGGCUCUUUGCACUUCCAU